GAGACAAAUGGAUCGGCCAUUCAAAAACCAGUGAUCAAACGACCCUUCCUGAAGAGAGGAGAAGGCUUAACGAGAUUGAUUAAUGCCAAAUCUAAAAUUACAAAACUUGGAGAAAACACCCCAAAACUUCAACAAAGGGCUUCAGAUGACAUAAAUGUCACUAAGGUGGACAGACCGCAAAUACAGAGGAAAACUGUGCCUCCUCGCAAAGAGCUAGUUUCUGACAACCCUUUUGCACCAUGUAAAAAAUAUAACCACCCUGAUAAAGCAAAACACUGUACUAAUCAGAAGACCCUGGCACUCAGGAAUCACAAUGGAAAAAAUCUCUUGCCAUCAGAAAUGAGAAUGCAACCAGGAAAAAGUCAUGAUGGACAGAUGAGAGAUUCUUUCCUGUUGGAAAUUAACAACAAAAUAGAAAAUAAAGAGAACAUGGUAGAAUUUGUUAAGUCUAACGCUGGCAAAAUUGGAAACAAAUUACCUGGCACAGAAGAGCCUCAGAUGUCACGUGAGCUGACCAGUGCCUUUUCUAAUUCCAAAUGCCUUAUAGGUCACCCUGUGAAAGAUUCAGAACUGUCUUUUGAAGUUUCAUUUCAGAAUAAGCUGGAAAACUGGGAAAAAGAAAAAGAAAAGGAGAAUCUGGAAUUAGAUGAAUUUUUGUUUCUAGAACAAGCUGCAGAUGAAAUAUCUUUCUCAAGUAAUUCCUCAUUUGUGCAAAGGAUAUUAGAUCAAGAUCUGCAAACUUUAAAAGGGCGUAGAAUGUCUUCUACCCCUAUCAAGGCAAAAGAGCAGCAAGUAAAGGCUCUGGCUGUUGAACUCAUAAAUAAGAAAAAUAAAAAGGCAGACAAUAUGACACAGGGAAAUAUAAAUGAUAGAGCAGUUAUGCAUGGAGUCUCAAAUUCAGGAACAGCUUUUAGAAUGAAGGAUCCAUUGAAUAAAACAGACAGUGUAAUAUUUUCAGCUUCUUCCAUGACAGCAGCUCCUGCUUUAAAAAGUAAUGUAUGGACUGUACAUGAAGAGAAGGGCGAGGGCAGUGGUGAUACUACUACAGAUUCUGAGAGCGAAUUUGAGACUACCUUAAAGCAUGAAAAUGAAGAUGCUAAGAUGUCCUUCCUGAACCAUAGAGAAAGUGAUCCAGAAUUUUUUGAUUAUGGAGGUUCUGUUACAGAUACCGGCAAGGAAAGCAAUAAUGGAGAUGCUGACCUUGGCUUGUCAGACAAAGAUUGUAGUGCACUGUCAAAGCAAAAAAUUGGGAAAGCUUCAGACCUUCAGAGGAACAUGUCUUGUAUAAGUAGGAGUAAGUUUGAGUUUGAUGAUGAAAAAACAUGGAGUGAUCUUGAUGAAAAUUAUGUUAAUAGUGAAUUUCCUGAAAUGUAUACUAAAAUGCCUCUACAGACAGACUUUUACAGUAAGAAUGAUACAACUGUCCCAGAUAAAGCAAUAAAGAGAAAAGUUGCCUCAAAGAGGGGAGAUGAAAUGUCCAAAGACUCUGUAGUGGACAGUGAUUCAAAUGGACCUCCUGUACCAAACCUGAUGGUAAAACUGUUUCCUUCCCUGAAACCAAAACAGAAGGCAGGCUGUCAUUUGGAGCGUGAAGUCAAAUCAAAUGUGGAACAGGAGCCAGGAGGAAACAGUGUUCCAUCCCAGGUACUGCGAGAGAGACUCGCUGAAUUGGAAACUGAAAUAGAGAGAUUCAGAGCUGAAAAUGCAACUCUAACUAAACUCCGUGAAGAAAGAGAGCAUGCCUUGGCAAACAUCAGGAAAGAAAUUGCAGACUUUCAACAGCAGAAAGCCCAAGAACUGGCUGAAAUAGAAGAAUAUAAAAAAAAGGAAAUGAAAAAACUGCAAAAGGAGCGUAAAGUUUUUGAAAAAUAUACCGCAGAAGCUAGAGCAAUUCCAGAUAAAAAAGAACGUGAUGAAAUUCAGGCUUUAAAACAGCAGAUUGUAGAGUUACAGGAAGAUUUAAAACGAAAAGAGGCAAAAUGGUCAACAACUCAUCGACGCCUGAAAGAUCAAAUAGAAGCUUUAGCAAAUGAGAAUAUGGAGCUAAAAGAGGAAGUCAAAAUUAUGGAGAGGUUUCGUCUAGAAGCCUGGAAGAAAGUAGAAGCUGCUGGAAGCAAGAGGAAAACCGAACAUUCUGGGAUGACUCUAAAAAGAGCAGAAUCUUGUCUACCAAAUAAAGGCCCAAAAAGUCGAACUGGAUCUCCCCUUCUUCCAGUACAGAAGUGCAGCAAGAUAAAUGGCAAAAGUUGCUCACAGGCAAAAGGAAAGCUUUCUAGAACACCUGCAUCAGGACCUGCUAGUGACAGAAGCAACUCUGAGACAAUGACAGCGCUAGAAGAUUCUUCUAGGACUUUUAUGGUAGACACCUCUCCUAAUGAAGCUCAUGUGUCACUACCAUCUGGUUCUGCAUAUACAGACAGUGAAGAGAUACAGAGAGAAACUGCUUAUCCUGAUGGAAAGGUUGAAAAGGUUUUGAAAAAUGGCUGUCACCUCAUAUUUUUCCCCAAUGGGACAUGGAAAAAAGUAGGUUCUGAUGGGAAAACUGUAACUAUAACUUUCUUCAAUGGGGAUGUGAAGCAGGUUAUGCCUGAUCAAACAGUGAUUUAUUAUUAUGCUGAUGCGAAGACUACACAUACUACAUACUCUGAUGGCUUAGAGGUCUUACAGUUUUCAAAUGGACAAAUAGAAAAGCAUUAUCCUGAUGGCAAGAAAGAAAUUACCUUCCCCGAUCAAACGAUUAAAAAUUUAUUUACGGAUGGGCAAGAAGAAAGCAUCUUUCCAGAUGGCACUAUUGUUCGUAUUCAGCGAGAUGGAAGCAAAACUAUAGAGUUCAAUAAUGGCCAGAGAGAACUACACACAUCACAGUUCAAGAGGCGGGAGUAUCCAGAUGGUACUGUCAAGACUGUGUACAUGAAUGGACAGCAGGAAACAAAGUAUGUCUCUGGCAGAGUAAGAGUAAAGGACAAGGAUGGUAAUAUUAUCAUGGACACUAAGGUGUAG